UGGUUUGAUAAGCAGUCUUGAAAGCCUAGUCCAGUAUUUUAAGGAAGAUGCUCUUGUUAAGCAAUCUCUGCAAAAAUUCCAGUAUGUGUUGGGAGAGCUGAAAAGUUAUUUCUUGACCCUGUUGGACCAAACCCAACGAUCUGUGACAUCAACUUUGCAUCAUUUUGUGAAAGAGGAUAUCAAGAAGGUGAAGGACACCAAAAAGCUUUUUGAUAAGAUUAGUGAUGACCUGGACAAUGCUUUAGGUAAACAUGCUGCUUUACCAAGAACCUGUAAAACUCAAGAGGCUGAAGAGGAUAAAAACAUAUUGACAGCAAUGCAAUCUUGCUUUGAUCACAUUUCAUUAGAUUAUGCUUUUCAGAUUAAUGUCUUACAAUCACGAAAAAGGAUAGAGGUGCUGGAYACACUAUCCAAGCUUGUUCAGGCUCAUUCCACAUACUAUCACCAAGGACAUGACCUCAUGAAUGAUCUGGAAUCAUACAUGAAAGAACUGAAUGAUGAGCUUGAUGGAUUAUCUAUUCAGUUUAUGGUCGAUAAGAAGGAAAUGGAAGAACGACAUACUCUAGUACRAAAAAGGGAUGCAUCACAAAAAUAUGAAAAGACACCAGACCACCCUGGAGAGGUGGUAAUUGAAGGGUACUUGUUUAAAAGAAGCAGUAAUGCCUUUAAGACUUGGCAAAGUGUGCUGGAAAUGCACCAAAAUAGCAAUGGUGAUGAACAGACAGUUCUAGCAGAAGAUCUGAGGCUGUGUAUUGUGAAAGCCAACUACGAGAUGGAGAGAAGAUUUUGUUUUGACAUUGUAUCACCUACUAAGGUGUGGUGUUUACAAGCUGAUUCGGAUCUCAUAAGAGAUGAUUGGAUAAAUACACUGCAGGCCAGUAUUAAUAAAGCCUUCAAUACUGCAGCUCCUGAUUCUGAAAGUGAGGAUGAAAUGCUUAAACCUAACAAGAAAAGUAAAAGUAUUGAUUCUUUAGACAUGGUAGCACCUCCUCCAAGUAUUCUAAAUGCAGUAAGAUCACUACCAGGAAAUGAGACAUGCGCUGACUGUGGACACCCUGAUCCAAAAUGGGCAAGUGUCAACCUUGGUAUUGUUCUUUGUAUAGAGUGUUCUGGCAUACACAGGAGUUUAGGUGUUCAUGUGUCUAAAGUAAGAUCUCUAACCCUAGAUGCUUGGGAACCAGAACAUCUCAAGUUAAUGUCGGAGCUUGGAAAUUCAUUGAUCAACUCAAUUUAUGAAGCAAAAGCCGAAGCAAGCAAGAAGAAGAUUAAUCAGACCAGCAAUAGGAGUGAUCGUGAAGCAUACAUCAAAGCAAAGUAUGUUCAACACAAAUUCGUCUYUUUGGAUACUUUCUUACGGACUUGCAAUCGAUUAGAUGGUAGCAUAAUUAAAAAUCUGGCUCGGAUGAAAGUGUAUCAUGACCAAAAGAAUGCUUCCAAYAAAACAUCUCAAGGGAUUGAAAGAUCAGAUUCUACUGUAAAUAAGAUUUUAAAGAUGACACAUGGGAUUAAAAAGUCAUUUAAUAAAGCUGAUAAACUGGAAAGAAAGAGAAGUAACUCGACAGAUGUUACUAGUGAUCACUCUAGCGGCGGCUUUGGUGGAAGCCCGAAAACAGAACCAAGAAAAAGAACCGAGAGUACCACUAAGUCUUCUGACAAGAAAAAAACAGGAAUACUAAAAACCAUAUCAAAAGGGAAAAAGGAUUUCGACUCUUUGUUAAAUCGGAGAAAAAGUGAUGCAACCUUGGAGAAUGAUGUUAGUAAAGCGAGCAGUAAAGCAAAUGUGAAAACAACUCUUAARAAUUCUGAGAUUGAAAGGAUUGCUCAUGCAGAUUCUAGUGAGAAACUAGAUGAAAUACAUGUAGAUGCUUUUGAAUAUGAUCCUAGUAAAGAAAGUGCCAACACUACAGAUGACUUGAACCUUUCUUCAGCAGCUGAUUCAGAACUAAAUCAUUCUCAAGAGUYGUGCGGCAGUCCUUCAAUUCCGCUUGCACGGCCGGAAACUUCAAUUAGUGAGGAUAUAGGAUCUGGAAGAGAUUCACCAAGGACUUGGGCAACUAAAGUUCUAGCAGAACAUUCGCUUGAUGGGGAUGAUCAGCGUACCAAGUCAGAGUCAACGGAUUCUGUUUUGAGUGAUGAAGGUGUGGCUUCUGUGAGUAGUGAAGAUACUCAGGGUGUUCAAUCCCCUGAUGAUGAUAGAGAAGAUGCAUUGUAUCGAGAUGAUCUGGAGAAAGCAAUUGAAGUACUUAAGAUCUUACAUCCAAAUCAGCUCUUGUACAAAGCUGCAGAAUGGAAAAGUAUUCCUUUAAUGGUGGCAGCCUUUGCAGAAGGUGCCAAAGCAAACUGGAUCAACGAAGAUGAUGACAGUAAGCUGGUUCUUCAUCAGUCAGUACUGGGUGGYUCGUUAACAGCAAGUGAAUACCUUCUCCAAAAUGGUGCUAAAAUCGACCUUAGGGAUGGCCGAGGAAGAAGUGCUCUACAUUAUGCAGCUCUGUUUGGCCAAACAGGGUGAUGUAACGUUCACCGAUGUGUUCAGAGAUUUCUCCAACAUGGCUUCAACUAAUCCUGAUAUCUUGAGAAGAAAUUUUAAUGCACCAACAAACAGUCAAGACCCUGAUAGACAGACCAGUCUAUGACGAACUUGGAAAUAUAAUUAACAUGAUUCUCAAAAAUAAGAUGAUUUACACCAUAUAGUGGAUGGCCUUUCAUAUAGUCCAGGCUUGCUCAUCAGUUAUUGUACAGGGCCGGGUAGUUCCAAGCUGGAUUAGCGCUAAUCCAGGAUUAACUCUAUAGGUCUUGUUAAGAGUUAACCCAGGAUUAGCACUAAUCGGGCUUUAAACAACUGGGCCCUCGGCUUAAAAUAAUGACCUGUCAAUCAUCAGCCAUGAUCACUCGCUCAAGGUUAAAAGGGGUUUUUAAUAGAAGCAGUCAGCCGGCAAAUCUCAUCAGGUAUUUAACAUAUCUUGAACUUGCUGCCUAUUUUGAUUAAUUCCCCAAAAGUUAGGGGAAAAUGUGAGAAAAAUUCUCUUGCUGCUCCCCACCUAUUCAUUAGGUUUUGCCACUUACUUCAACUGGUAUUGAAAACCUUGUGUUACUGGUCAUGGUUAUUGACCAUCAGAGCAACAAUUUGACCAAACAAGGUCCAAUUGUGACUGGAUAUUGUCUGAUGACUGGCCGUUGUUUAAGCACCUGUGGAACACUUUCUUCUAGAAAAUAGAGACCUUAAGCAUCAGCAACACCACUGCAAUAAAAUUCAGUAUUGCGGCUCUUGCAGCAACAACUUAGUUAUGAACCCUGUUAAUUAAAUGUCAAAAGUUUUACAUUAUUUUAAACGUCUAACGUCAAACUGCAGUUAUUAAACUCAUUAAUAAUUCAUGAGGAAAACGCAACAGAAAUCAUGACUGUGAAGAGUUUUGUAAAUCAGAUCCAGAAUCCUAUUCAUKUGCAUAAACUUUAAGAUGGAUUUUCUUGGCCAGAUUCACUUUUAUCUUGAAAAUUUUCGCGAAAUACAAAAGAACUAACCUAGACGUUUGAUAAGUAAUCUACAGUAUUCGUGUCCGUGUUGUAUCCGAUAUACAAACUCUCGGCUACGCCUCGAGUUUGUGUAUCUGAUACAACAUGACUACUCAUACUGUAUAUAUUACUAAGAUACUUGAGGUUGGCAGUAGCUAGCAAAAAGGUUGUGCUAAAGGUCUCUUAUAUUUAUCUAUUCCUCCAGCACUUCAGUGUCUGUGAGAUGCGCUUGGGGGUAUUUCACUAUGUUUUUGGAUUUAAAUAUUGAGAAUCUAAUGUCAGUAUCAAGUAAGUAUGAAUGAUGUUUUCUGAUCUUCUGAACUACUUGAUAUUCUAUUGAAAUAAUUAUACUCUCUAUGCAGUAUGAGAGUUCACACCAAUCAGUAAUUAUUAAUAAUAAUAAAUUUGUAAUUAUGAAUAUUAUUGCAUAUUUUUUCUGAUAGCUAUUGUAUGACAGACAUGUAUAUCUGCAAAUAAAGAAGUUACAAUUUAGGAUUUAUCUUUUAAGAAAAUUUGCCAUUAUUUUAAUUAGUCUCAUAGCAAAAUGUGCUUUAAUUUGCAAUGCUUGCCUUUGUAUUAAAUACUUGGGAAGUUUUCAAUAUCAUCAUAGUAGUGCAAUGUGUAGUUCCAAAAAUUAUCCUUACCCCCCUCACGGAGGAAUUUUUUUAAGACACCCCCUAACCCCCCAGAAAUUCAAAUUUUCUUCCAUACAAACUCUGUAAUUUUUGUUCUUUCUCUGACCCCCCUACUCUUCGGAAAUUCCAAAUUCCUCUGUGGGGUGGGUAUGGAAGAUUUCUGGAACUACACACUCCUUUUAAUACAUUAUUUUGCAGGGCUUAAAUCAAUGGCCAUCCAGUUGCCAGUAUAGAUGACGUCCAGCUAAAUGUGCUUUCCUUGGCCAUACUUUGUUUCUGGUUCUACAUUACCUGGUCAAAAUGACUGGCAAGGCAAAGAUUUAACCAGACAAGCUCCAAUACCCCAWUUUACAGUUCYGUUCCAAGCCUAGGCUGGAGUUUCCGCGCAUGAUAAAAAGUAUAGUUUUGCUAUGCGCGGAAACUGCAGCCUCGACUUGCAACUAGUAUUAUUCGUGGUCACUCGAAUGGAGCUGUAAAAUGGAGUUUUCUGGCUGGACAUUGCCCUAUUUUAAGCCCUGUCUAGAUAAUAAUGUAACAGCUGUUUGAUAUUUUUUUACUUCCAAACGAUGUCUCAAUGGUGGUGUUUAUGAGAAUUUAAAUAUUGAUCAUAUUCUUGUGCAGUUUUGAUUUUAUAAGAAUGCAUGAGAUAUUUAUUAAUGUUCAAAUAAUUAUGGUAUACAAAAACCAAAUCAAUCAUAAAAACUAUUUUGAUUUCAACUACACGGUGAUAUUUAAAAAAUCUCUGGAAUGCAUUAAAAAAAUUUUUUUUACUAAGCAGGCCAGUCUUGCUUUUUAGUCUUUCUUUCUCCUUCAAGUGGGCUGCCUGCAUCAUAAUUUUGGUUAGCUAAAYAAAACUAAAUGAGCCACCAAAAAUGAAAAUGCUGUAAACUAUGUAAGCUAGAGCCUGUUUCGAUCAGCAACAACUUUGUGGCUUUUAUUAGCUAAGCAUAGAGUGAUUCUAUUUUUACCCAAAGCUUCUACUGUAGUUCUAGUUACUGUAGUAGUGAUAGCUAUUUUUAAAUUUAAAACAAUUAGAUCUAGACCUGCGAGGCAAAAGCCCAUGAGGCCAACAGGUGAAAUGGGCUAUUACAGCCAUUCUCAAUCACACGCCCUCUUGCGAUUUUUCUGUCGCGACGAAGGUUUUGGUGGACGUCAAUCACGUUUCCAUUGCUUGUCGGAAAACACAAAGCUAUAGGGGCAUGUGCCUAUAGAAUGUCAUGGAAAUGCCAUGAUUGACAUCCACCAAAAGCUUAUACUUCGUCGCGAAAGAAACAAUCGCUAGAGCGGUGCAUGUGAUUGAGAAUGGCUGUAACUUGUAGACUUUCAGGGCAAGAGGUUUAAUUAUUGUUUUAGUCUAAACCUAGCAAUCAAUCAAAUAAAUUGAUUUUWAAAAAAAUUGAAAUUAGGUUGGCGUAAGUUAACGAAAUCAUUUAUGAUGAGUAAUAAAAAAAUUUUUUUGAUCAGGAA